AUGCCUAUGAUUCGACAAACACUUAUUAUCCUCCUGGUUCUACAGACCAUAACGAGCUGUGUAGCAAGCACUUGCGAUGAUAGACCUUUACGUCGACCUCUGCGUUCAUCAUAUGAUUAUAUAAUUGUUGGCGGAGGAACAUCCGGUGCAGUGUUGGCGUCUCGGCUGUCAGAGGGAUCUGACUCUGUGCUGCUGGUAGAAGCCGGAAGAUCUGAUCUAGAAAACGCUUUUGUUCCUGUACCAGCAUUUUCGAGCACUAUUCAAUUGACACCAGACGACUGGAACUACUUUUCUGUACCGCAAAAGAGAACUGGAUUAGGUUUGAAUGAUAGGCGAGGAUAUUGGCCACGAGGUAAAAUUCUUGGUGGAUGUAGUAGUACUGGAUAUCACGCUCAUAACAGAGGGUCAAAAUUUGAUUACGAUGAAUGGUCAAGAGAAGGAGCAAAAGGCUGGAGCUACAAGAAUGUCUUGCCUUAUUUUUUGAAAUCAGAAGACAUGCAAAUUCCAGAGUUGUCACAAUCGCGUUUUUGUCCAAUGCAAAGUAACAUCAAGAAUGGGACGAGAUGUAGUUCUGUAAGCUGUUUUUUAAGAAGAGUCCUGCAUCGUCCGAAUCUUCAGGUUUCUGUAAAGACACACUGCUCAAAGGUUCUUAUCAGAAGAAGACGAGCUAUUGGUGUUGAAGUCAUAAAGGAUGACAAGCGUUUACGUAUAUUUGCUAACAAGGAAGUUAUUUUAUCCGCUGGAAUUAUCAAUUCUCCACAGAUAUUAAUGUUGUCUGGAAUUGGACCAGCAUCUCAUUUGAGAAAAUUUGGGAUACCCGUGAUGUCAAACUUACCAGUUGGAAAAAAUUUACAAGAUCAACUAUCCAUUAUAUUGCAUUACACCAUUGAUGACGAUAUCACUUACACAUCGGAAAAACUUACUGAUUCUGCAAAUUUUCAACAAUGGAACGCAUCUAGAACAGGAAUUCUUACUCGAGCUGGUACAGAUGGGACCUUGUUUGCCAAAACAGCACCGUCUUCUCAAACACCAGAUAACUAUCCAGAUGUUUGGAUAUUAGGUUUCAGCUACGCAUCUGAUGUAGGGAUUAUCGAAAGUGGCUUGAAGUUUAAUUAUAAACCUAAUGUUAUUGAAAAUCAAGUAAAAAAUGCUGAUUCAUCUGGAUUCAACUUGUUUCCAACACUCGUUCGACCAGAAAGUAAAGGAACUGUUCGGAUAAGUUCGAACAAUCCAUUUGUAGCACCAACAAUCACGCCUAAUCACUUAGCAUCUGCCAAGGACAUCAAAACGAUGUUAAGAGGAAUAAGAUUGGCACAGAAAUUAGUAGCAACUAGAUCUUUUCAAAUGGUUAAACCAAGAUUUUUAAGGAGAGAUUUUGGGAGAAUAUGCAAGCAACGAUUUAAUUCUAAUGCGUACUGGAUAUGCAUGUUGCGUCAUUUUAGUGUUCACAUCUAUCAUGCUUGCUGUACCAAUAGAAUGGGAGCGAGGAAUGAUCCAUCGGCUGUAGUUGAUCAAAAACUAAGGGUGAGAGGAAUUCGAAACUUGCGUGUUGUCGACGCCUCUGUGAUGAGAAAUCAGAUUGCUGGUGACCCUCAUGCUGUAGCUAUAAUGAUUGCGGAAAAAGCAGCGGAUAUCAUCCGAUGCACAGAUACUGUUGGUAAAUGGAGACGCCAAGUGUCAUCGUUAUUUCAAUGCCACUAGCGUUAAGACUGUUUACAGUUACAACAAGCAACUCACGAUAUAACUUAUGUAUCGGCAUUCGACAAAAAUUUCUUUUUUCAAAAUUAACAAAUCAACCAAGGUCUAGUA